AUGUCCGACAUUAUUUCCUCAUCGUCCGUAUAUCCACCGCAAGGGGAAACCCCCUCCAAACCCCAACUUCACUCCGAGUCAGGUAUCAAACCUCGGGACAGUGAACCCGAAAAGGAUAACCAGAAGUCUCUACUGAGCUCCAAGCCAGAUAAAGAUUGGACCAGGGAUAAACCCCGCCCCACACGCCCCAUCACCGUCAUAUUCUUCGAAUGGCUCGGCCGCCUCCUCCUCGCCACCCUCUGCCUCUUAACCUCCUUCCUGUCCCUCUGGUUCGCGUGCAAGAUGUUCAAAGCAAGUGACAACAUAUCCAUCUGGACGGCGGAUUACAAAAGUCCCCCUUUACCUCCUGGUGCCCCCCUCUUGGAUGUUUUUGUCGCAUGGCCUGAACCCAUGAUAGAAUGCGGAGUCAAGUUGUUUUUGGUGGUUGUUUGCUCACCGAUAGUUAUUGUUUGGGAGCUCGUUAUUAUGGUGUUGUUUUUCUCUGCGGCGAUUGGUGUUUUGUCGGGGAUGCCAUUAUGGUGA